AUGCCGCUCAUAGAGCCUAGUGCUGGACUACCUGUGGAGGAAUCAUCCACCGACCAGCUUCCAGGGCUGCCAUUUCCGCCACUGACUCAUUCGCACAUCCUCCACUGCUCUUACGACUACUGGCACCCGCUUUAUCGAACAGUUUCCCCUAAAGCGCGCACUAUUCCUCUCACCGAGCCGUUCCUAAAGUACCUCCGCGCGGAUGGCAUCGUCCUGCCUCCAGGUGAAACCAACAGCACCUCCGCCGAGGACGACAACCUUGGCGGAUUCUCCGACGAAGAUGAGGACGAGGAACCCGACCCGUCAUUCGAAUGGCCGGAUGUUCACUCUCGUGUCAAAUCGACGAUCGCGGAGCUAGGAGGGAAGGUGACACCAAAGUUGAACUGGAGUGCACCCAAGGACGCAACGUGGAUCUCCGCAACGAACGAUCUCCAGUGCACUUCGGCGAAUGACGUUUACCUGCUGCUGAAGAGCAGUAAUUUCAUCACACACGAUCUAGAACAUCCAUUCGACGGGUGUGUGUCCGACGAGGGUUCAGCGAACUCGCCGCCGGCCAUCCCCUAUCAUCUCGUACUACGCAAAUACUUCAACCUCAACCCAUCUCUAGAAUUCCGAUGCUUCGUGCGCAAUCGUGUGCUGCUGUGUAUUUCCCAACGUGACCAGAACCACUUUGAUUUCUUGUUUCCAAUGCGCGACGUCCUCCGGUCCCGCAUCCAGUCGUUCUUCGACGACAAGCUCAAAGAUACCUUUCCGGACGCAAGUUUUGUCUUUGACGUCUACAUUCCACCUCCGCAUGAGCGUGUCUGGCUGAUCGAUAUCAAUCCCUGGGCGGAUCGGACCGACCCCAUCCUCUUCAGCUGGCUGGAAAUAUUGCAAAUGCCGGAUCCAGUAGGCAUUGUCGAGGAGGAUGAGGAUGGUGCAGAGGAUCAAUUUGUUCGACUGUCUCUUAACCCGGACGGUACCGCCAGCGUGGUGGCUCAUGGCUCCGAGCAGCUAGACACUGAGAGUGAGCCCGAUUCUGAAGACGAGGGCGAAGACCCAGCACCCCUUCUUGCCGAGUUCCGGCUCAUCAAGAAGGAUGACCCAGAGGCCUAUGCAUUCAAUAGCCCGCAGUAUUCGGCACACAAGCUUCCUCGGGAAGUGGUGGAUGCGUCGCUGGCCGGAACAGGGGGGAUGCAGGAGUUUAUGGGCAAAUGGCAGGACAUCCUAGCCAAACGGAUCCAAGAAGACCAGGAUGCAAGUAGUGAUGAUGAUUGA